UCACGCGCUUCUUUUUCCGCCAGAAGGCUCUGGCUUAACAUUCUGUAGUUCUAGUUACCGAUUCGGCCACAGGUAUUCUUACUCUUUGAUCACUUUUCACCACAACAAUGGUGGUGGGCAAAGUUUGGUGGAAGAGUUUUAUCCAGAUUUUACCACAGUGCAGUUGAUGGUGACAAUAUGGGGAUCUUGCGGCUAUUUUUGCAUGGGUUCCGUCCGAGGCUGGAGUUCUCCUGCUAUCCCAUCACUAAACCGGACAGUAGACUUUGAAUUGUCUCUGUCAGACCUCCAGUGGAUAUCUUCGUUCCCGUUGCUAGGAGCUGUUCUCGGUUCCUUAUUCAUCAUCAAACCAAUGGAGUAUUACGGCCGGAAGAAGGCUCUGAUCGUCCAUUACUUUGUCUUCGUAUUCGGUUUUCUCAUCACCGCAUUGGCAAGUUUCGGGAAACACAAAUCCAUGUUGUACGCUGGCCGAUUCCUGAUGGGUUUCGCCGCCGGAUCUACCAUCCCCGUCUGUCAAAUUUACGUGAGUGAGUGCGCCUCUCCGAAAAUUCGUGGUCGACUUGGAUCAACUACAAUAUCUGCAAUGGCUCUGGGCGUUUGGACAACUUACUUAGUCGGGAUAUUUGUCGACUGGCACCUUCUCACAUGGGUCUUUUGUUGUUUACCAGUUCUUUUCCUCUUCGGUACCAUGGUGAUGCCCGAAUCUCCUUCCUGGCUUCUGUCAAACAACCGAGAACAAGAGGCUCGGCAAUCGCUUCAGUUCCUCCGUGGAAAAGGUACCAACAUUGAGGCUGAAAUGAAGAGGAUUAAAGAGUAUCAAGGAUUGAUCAAUAUCAAUGAUCCUGCAUCAACUACUUCCAUCGUCAAACCCCUGGGCAUUUCACUGGGUGUCAUGCUAUUCCAGCAGACGACCGGAAUCAACGCCAUCGUUUUCUACGCGGACGACAUUUUUCAGGCAGUUGGCAGCACAAUGGACGAAAAAUACGCCACAAUUAUCGUCGGUGCUGUCCAAUUGGUUUUCACCAUCGCAUCCGGAUUUCUGGUGGACAGAUGCGGAAGGCGGAUGCUAUUCCUCGGUUCAGCCAUCACUUCUUCAGUGCCUUUGGCUACCAUGGGAACGUUUUUCUAUUUCGAACGCCAAUGGGGCGACAAAGAAGCGACUCGAUACUUUGGUUGGCUGCCACUGGCCUCUCUAAUCGUUUUCUUCGUCACCUAUUCCGGCGGAAUGAGUAACGUUCCUUUCAUCAUCAUGGGCGAAAUGUUUCCCGCUCGCCACCGGACAUCACUGGGAGCCAUCAGCUCUUCUUUCAAUCUCUUUUGCACUUUUGCCAUGGUCCAACUUUUCCCUGACAUGUCACAAGCGUUUGGCAAAGACGGCACUUUCUAUUUUUUCACCGGAUGUACUUUACUGAGUGCCGCUUUUGUUUAUUUCCUUCUGCCGGAGACGACAGGCAAAACACUCGAAGAGAUGGAACAGUUAUUCCGCUCCGAUAAAAGUCCAGACUGUCGUAGCAAUAACCAUAGUAAUUGCGUGGAUGUCAUCAUGCAGAGAGUUGGAAAUGAUGCGAAUAGCGAUGUGACGGAGGGGAAUCAGAAUUUUCCCCUUUUUUCUGUGUCCGUCCCCAUCCCUUGGCAGUGGCCAUCUGGUUCGUCGCUGGAUCCCGCCGGAGGUAAACAGACGGGUGAAAUGGCCGAAGUGAAAACAACGGGCGACUCCCAACGUCAGGAUGGCGAUGUCGUUGUACUGAAAUUAAAAUUCAGUCAACGUAUAGGUAUGAACGACGCCACUUUCGCAUAGACGCCGUGGAUGGCCUUGGCGCAUUCUACUCAUUUUCAUCACGCACAGAAUGAACUUUAACUGUUUUCAACAAAUCGAAAGAUUUUACGUACCAUCGCCGUAGCUGACGACGACGAUUUGCUUGUAAGGGCAUCAGUCAUCUUUGGUAUCUUCAAUGACCAGCGCCCAGCAGACCUCCGCUGUCGUUCUAUUAGAUCCGACCAACCCGAGUUAUUACAAAUCCUUAGAUUCAUAUCAAAAUUGUGAAGUGCCACUUACCUGGCAAGCGUCUUAUCCGUUACCAAUGGUGCAUAAAGAGACGAGGAAACCUCGCUCGUCAGCCGUGUCCGUGGACCAGGUUACCAUCAGCGUCGACAUAACUCCAAGAACCGGCCAUGUUACCUUCAGGAUCGCGAAUUGUGGCGGAAGCCUGACCGGGGUAGGAAUAGCCGAAACUGGCCCGUCCCUGCCCGUCCUGUGUGUGCCAAUUGCCAAUUAUAAGUAAAAAUGCAAUUUGAAUUGUCUCUCCAAAGAUCGCACACACUGGCAAAAACAAAUCUCAUUAUCCUUACCUGUUGUCAGUUGUUUUGACUGGUUAUAACAUUUUUAAUUAUCGGUUCAAUCUGUUCAAUCACUGGCCGUAAGGAAACACGUUCAGCAGUCUUGUUGGCUGUGGUAGAAGAGUUAGCGAAACGAUUCACUUGGUGAUCAGAUUAGUGAUAAUUUGAGUUUCUUAGUCUCUUUCUUUCUUUGCUAAUUUAAAUAUAAAUACAUUUGCUAUUGAAGAUAUUAAUUUAAUUCCACUAUUA